AAGAAGGAAGACACAAGUGAGAAAACACACCAGACUGGUGACAGCAAAACAGAAACAGGGAGUCUAACAUCACUGGUAUCUACAGUGGAAAUGUGUCGACCUGCAGACUUCACAGCAACAUGAAAACUGAGAAGCUGGAGCUGAAUUUGUCUUACAGCCCUACACUUCCAUGGCACGCAGGACAGCAAACUAUGCUUUGGAUACAAGGAUUACACAAAGGUUGACACCUGAGUAGUCCCAGAGAGCUGGCCAGGAAAGUCACAAACACACGUUAAACCUGCGCCGUACAUUUGACGCGAGUCUACACUGUGAUGCUCACCAUACCAUUACAUCACUAUGACAGCCUAAGGUGUUCGACUGUUUGGUGAAACUGACCUUGGAGGAGAGAAAAGAACGACGAGCAUGUCAUCCAACUCUACGGCUGACGAUUCGUGUGCGGCGGACGACAACCUCUGUAUAAUAAGGACGCAUCAGCAGGCAGUGAUCAUUGUCCCUACGCUGCUCUUCGUGGGCACCCUGAUCACCCUGGUGCCCCUGUUUAUACUGAGGUACUGCGCUGAACGGAAGAGGAGGCUGGUCACAGUACCUCAACACUACAACAGCUCAUCGCAUCGACACACACAGAGGAACAACCACAGAAACCACCUACAGGGCAUUGAUGCUCCCCCUGGGAUUAACCCACUAGAACAUGAAGAGGUGCCAAUGUCAGUUCAACAUGUGCAGCAGAAUGUGAGGCCAACUCUGGCUGCAGCGCCACAGGUGUCCACAGGGAGGCAUCAUGGAGCCUUCAGCCAGGUCACUGCACUGCCGCAGACCUUUGCCAUCCAGACCAGCGACACAGUCAGCCUCUACAGAGCCCGAAUGGACAACAGGAAUGUCGUCCUGAGGGUGUUGAAAGACACAGCAAACAACAGUGAGAAACAGAACUUUUUGAGGUUUGCGUCCUUUGUGUCUGGACUAGGGCCACACCCCUUCAUACCUGCGCUGCUGGGCGUCAUUUCAGUGCAGUCGCCUCUAGUUAUGGUGGUGGAAGAGCUACAGCACAGAGACCUGCUGGGAUUCCUGUGGAGUUGUAGACAGGAAAACCCAAGUUUAGAGCCUUAUAUGACAGAGAAGAGGAUCUUCACCAUGGCAGGACAAGUGGCCUCUGCUCUGGACUACCUGCACACUCAGCGCUGCAUCCAUGGCAACAUAGGAGCUCGCAGCGUUCUGGUUGGUGGAGACCUGACCGCUAAACUGUGGGGAUUGGGCCCGGCCUACCGCAAGAGAACACAGGCUGGUUCACCGGGGGAGGUGGAGGACAUGGAGCUGAGGAAAUGGCAGGCACCUGAAGUAUUGGCCAGGAGAAUCAUCAGUCAGGGCAGCGAUGUAUGGUCCUUUGGCAUCCUCCUCUAUGAAAUGGUCACAUUAGGUGACCCACCAUUUGCUCAGAUCUUGGCAACUGAACUUCUGCAGCAUCUCCAGAGAGGAAAGCAUCUCAAACGGCCAGCCACAUGCUCCACCUCACUGUACUCCAUCAUCAGGUCGUGCUGCCACUGGAACCCCCAACAGCGACUCUCCAUGUCCGAGCUGAUAAGAAAGCUUCAAGCGGGAGAACAAUCAGCCAAUGGGACGACGGCUCUCAGAGUGCCCGAACCAAUGAGCUUCGAGAAAUACCUGCGGGAGGCGGGAUAUGGAGAGGCGUACAACUAUGCUGUGCUGUGAUUGGCUGAGUGUUGCCAGCCAUGUGGACUGCUUCAAGAUUGGAGAACUUAAUUACCAACAUGGACAACACUGUUAAUUCUUAUCACCAUUUUUGUUUUGUACUUGUUUGGUAUUAUGAAGCACAAUCACUUUAUAUGUUUUAAGAGUAAUAUAUUGAUUGUAAAUAUGUCUGGUUUUGUGUAAACAAUCACUAUUGUCACCUGAAAGACGAUUGAAAAUAAAAAACAAUACUUGUUUCACCAUA